AUGGUAACCGCUGUGUUGGUAGCAACUGUGUUGUUUCAUCAGUUAGACAUGGAGGAUCAGAAGGUUCAAACCUGCAACUUGUACCAGACCGAUCCAAACCUACCACACAAAUUCAACAACCCUGAGUGUUUCCAUGGUUACGGGCUGAAAGUAAGUAAUCCUUUAUAUCGGACGUCGAACCAAACAUAUGGCAGCAAGAAACCAACCAUUCAUGAAAUGCCGACUCAGUUUAAUGCCAUGUCGAGUCACUUUUCCGAGGCCAUGCUGCGAGGUGGGAUGUACAGGGACCACGGAUUCAACACUGGCAUAGAAAAGGAAAAAGUCUCCACAGCAUCACAAAACAAGAGGCUCCGUCUCCAUCAUCUGCAUCACCAUGGAAACCAAAGCAACCAUGAGAUCAGCAAGUGA